UUUUUUUUUUGGCAGGAAAACAUAAAAGAACUUCAAAAAAGUUACUCUGACUUGCCUAUUGGCAGUUCCAAUGAUUUGUUCUCCAUUGUGAGGGGAGAAGAGAGAACUGGUCGUGUGCGGAUGCUUGGCUUUGGGCCUACACCAAGCGAUGUUUGGGGGCCCUCUUCUAGUAAAGUUGAACUAAUUAAUAAUGCGAAUAAAUCUGAUGAGGAAGCACGUGCUGCACGCGUAGAGUUCCAGGAGAGCAUUUCAAAAAUGCAAGCCGAGUAUGACAACAAGUUGGAAAAUUUACGAGCCAACUAUGAUAACAAGUUGGAAAAUUUACAACAACAGGUGGCUAUGCUAAUGCAGAUGCAACAACAAAAUUAUAGUGGACAGGUAAUUCAAAUCAAAUGGGCAACAAGACUUAUUGAAGUUGAAGAUGGGGUCGUGGCUGUGCUUUCUGAAUUUCUUUCGCCUUGGAUGGGUUCUUUUUGAAAAACUUGUACUACAUUUGUCAAAAAUUCUUAAUUAUUUUUGUCUUGACAUUUAGUAGCUUUAUUUAGACAAUUUGGAUGGUAUAUUGGCAGGUUAACUUGUGGUUGUAUUAGUAUAAAUUUUUGCUUUUUGGUUGACAUUUAUCAGCUUAACUUGUGGUUGUAUUAGUAGGCAAUUUCGAUGGUAAUUUUCAUAUUGGCAUGGUUAACUUUGUGGUUGUAUUAUGUAAAAACAAUUUGGAUGGUAUUUUUAUAUUAACUUGUGUUAUAUUGGAUGACAUUUAGUAGUUGGUAGUUGCAAUAGUUGUACUGAUAUUUUUUCCCAAAAACUAUAAAAAUAUAUAUAUAUA